AUGCGCAUGAUAUUCACCCCGAAACACCAAAGAUUGGUAAACCAAUGUUAUCCCACCGGCAGAACUACAGACAAAAAACCUAAAUCUUCAGAGACCUCAUAUCUAUUGUAUUAUGUCAAUUCCAGACGUAGUAAGCUGGACAAGGUUAGUAGCUACUUAAAAAAGAGAACCUCGAGCGACCUCGGUAGUAGAAGGCGAGCAGGUAAUGUUUCUGUUACAUUAGAAUUAAUGGAUAAGAUUGUGAAUAAUUGUAAAGAAAAUUUAAAUGUUUUCAUCAAAGAUUUCUUUACCAUUAUGAACAACGUUAUGACUAGUAGCUCUGCAAAUAAUGAUGUAGCCAUCGUGGAAUUGGUGGAUCAAGUGUUCCAUAGCAUAUGUUCCAAUAUUGAUGGUACAUUAUAUAACAGUGAUACUGAUUUUAACCAUUAUUUUUCAAGUUUUGUGGAUCAAUUCUUGAAAAUCAUUAAAACUGUUUUGAAGAACGAUGACUUAGUGUUAAAUUGGUGUGUUGAUAUCUCUCAAAUUUCUCAGUUAUCGAGUAACCCAAAAUUAAACCAUUACAUUUCUGAAGCUGUCAAUUUGUCAUUGGCCAAGUUUCAGGAACGUCAUCCAAGGUACAGUAAAUCAAAUAUAUUGGGUAAUACCUACAAUGAUCACGAACAACUUUUAAACAAAAGGUUAACACGAACUCAAACACGCAUGAUUGGCCUGGAUAAUGUUAAGGGUUCAGAAUUCGAUUCCGAUACAUCCGUGAAUGCAUUACAACAAUUUUUCAAUACCACUGAGACUGAAAAAUUGAAUAUCUCAUUGAGGGUUCUAUUGACACGUCUACAAGAGACUCCAAACAAAGAAUUUUUAGAAUUCAUUUGCAACGGUGUUCAAGUCCAAUUAAGAUAUAUCAUUAUUAUCCUAAUAAUGAGACAGCUGACUAUAGAGGAAAAGAAUGUUGAUCCUAUUAUUUGUCUAAGGUUGAUGUCGUCUUUACUGACUUCUGAUGUCAGUAUUGUUGGUCUGAGUAUAUUGGAUAUCAUAAGAAAAAUAAUUGAAUAUCAAUUAAACCAUAUCGAUAAACAAGGAAUUGUUGAUCAAUGCAGAUUUACUCUAAGGGACGUUGAAUUCAAGACAUAUUAUAAGGGGCAAACAACUGAUGUAUUAUAUGAUAUUGUUGGCAGAAUAAAUUCUAUUGCUCGUGAUAUUACACCUGAUAAUGAAGAAUCGAAAACCUCUUCAAAGCAACUCAAGAAAUCAAUUUUGAUAGAUGAUCUUCUUGAAGUAACUUCAUUCAAAAGAGAUAAGUUUAUGUCUAUUGAACUAUAUGUGGAAUUAAUACCAUACUUUAACACCCAUCUAUUGGAUUUAUUUAAAAUAAUUGACAAUCAAAUUCCAGGUGCGUAUAUAUUCGGUAGACUAUUCCAAGCAAUUGAAACCCUAGGAAAUGAACCACUAGAAAAAAAGUUGAUAGAGGCAAUCUUUCACAAAUACGAAAAGUAUGCGCUCUUUGCAGGAUUGAAAUAUUUCUAUGAGGAAACAACAGAGACUCCAACUUAUAUUUAUUACUGUUAUCACGCCAACGCUGCUAAGUUUAUUGGCCUUCAUGAUUACACUACUCAAACAAAUUAUAAACAAGAAAAUAAAGCACUUUUUUCAAAGGAAGAUUUAUUGAAUUUUUACUCCGAUGAAGGGUCUAAUCCAUACAGCCUAAGAGGUACCCAAAUCUUACAAUCAAAGUCAACAAUGGGCUCAGUUAUUGAUUUGACAUCAGAUAACCAAAAUAAGCAAUCGAUGAUUGAUGUUCCAGAAAAACCAUUGGUUGCACUAACCAAUAGUCAGGCUGAAAAGUUAGAGGUACUUAAACAAAGGGCAGAUAAAUCUGGGCAUGAUACCAUUAUAAAUAAUAACGGAUUUUAUCAAAAUCAUAACAAUAUUUAUAGACAUGUCUCUGAUGAUACAAGAUCUUUGAAAUCUUUGGGUCGUAAAACUCCGAAUAUUCGACAAUUAAAGAAAGCAGUAAAAAGUACAACACCUAAUGAGAAAAGCACGUACAAUCAAUCUUCCACUCUUCCUUUAAGAGGAUCGCAAUCUGUUAAAUCAAGAGUCACAAAUAUCACAUUUUUAUUGAAUGAAUUGAAAAGUAUAGAUACAGGUAAUGACAUAGGUAGAAUACGUGACCCCGAUGAAGAUGAUAUUGUCGGUCUUGGUAAAAUUGAUAUGGCAAGAUCACAAUCUUCUAGACUGAGCCGUCAUGGAAGCAAUGCUAGUACUGAAAAUAGAAGAUCGUUUAUGAUGAAAAGAAUGAUGAAUAAUAACAAUAAGGGGAUAACUGAAACUUUGGAAUCUCCUGAAACAGAUGACUUUCAAGACGCAAAAGAAGAAGUUAAUGUAAUGGAUACUAGAGGUAUGUUGUUUAAUACUGCAUAG